CGGCGGCGGCGGCGGCGGCGACUGCAGCACUCGGUCGCGCGCGCUCUCCUCGCUCACACGCGUCCACGGAGCACUCGUCCGCGCCACUGCAGCCGCCGUGACUUAACGUCCACAAGUUCGAGAAGAAGAAGUAAGCAGUGAGGAGUACCAAAGCACAUGAUGAGGUCAUCACUAUUCCUAUUGGCGCUAGUGGCAGUAGCCGGCGUGUACACCGCGCCCGCGCCCGGCCCCGACCCGGCGCCCGAGCCCGCGCCCGUGCCCGACCCUGCGCCCGCGCCCGUCCCCGACCCCUCCGCCGACGACAGACCAGAGAUUAUUGAGAUCAUCGCGCCCGCCGCCAGCGCACAGGAAACUCUCGCGACGCUGAAUCUGGGCGCGCCCGGUUCCGAACUGAGCGAGAGAAACAAGAGGACCAUCGGCAUCCUGCGGCAACUGUUCCCCACGCUCACACAGAUAAUCGAACAGAAGGUACAGCAGAUUACUGGUUUCGUGCUCCAAACGUUUGGCCCGAUAUUCCUGCGCGCCUUCCUGGGCGGCAACCGCUCCGCUGGGGGCACCAUUAACGGUGGCGGCGGCACCAUAGAGCUAGACGAUGAUGACGAUGACGACGAUGACGCCGUCGUCACCACUACCACCACUACCACUACUACCAGCACUACUACCGAUAGCAGCACGGACGCGCCUGAGCCCGAACUGGAGCGUCGCAAGCGCGCGCUCUUCUUCUUGCCGACGGCGCUCGCCGAGGAGAACCAGCUGUUGUCUGGCGCCGAGUCGCAGCAGGCGGAGGUUCGCGUCGCUUUUGGCGAGGGGGCACCCGGAUCCGACCAGCAGGUAGCCGCCAGCGAGGACCAGCAAACCGCUGCCCAAACCGCCGCCAUCGACGAGAUCUCACUCGACGACGCGGACAACAGCGAGGAGAACAGGAAUAAGAGGUUCCUGAGCUUCGGCGGCAGCGGAGGCGGUUCCGGCGGCGGAUCCGGCAACUUCCUCUUCGACAUCAUCAGACGGCCGGCGGAGUCAGUGGCCCGCGCGGCCGGCUCGGCGUUCCGUCUGUUCGCCGGCACCGACUCGCUAAACGUGGGGCUGACUGCCUCGCACACCGCCACCCUGGACCCCAACGACCCACAACUGGUAGCGGGCUCCUCGACGUCGAGCGGCGACGCGGCGGGUGAGGGUGACGACGCCAGCGGCGCCAAGGGCGACAAUCUGACCGAGGGCGUGCCCGGCCCCAUCACGAGGCUGUUCAUCAUCGCCAACCGCGGUAUCGCCAACCUCAUCCAGGACCUGAUCCUCCGCAUCGCGCAGACCUCCGAGAGGAUAGUCAACUUCAAGGCGCGACUCAUCACCUCCAUUAUUUAAAUGUGAUUUAGAACAAUUAGUGUAGGUAGGGUAGUGGUGGCGGAGGCCGCCGCCGCCAGCACGCCGCGCCGGGCCGCACGGCACCGCCGGAGCACUGCCGAGGCACCGCGCGACCGCAGGCUGGGCUGUUUUACUGCAACAUAAAACAGUCGUCAGCUCCGAUGAGACCACGUGACGCGUCCGUCCGCUACUCCACAGCGCUGCGGCGCUGAACGCACGCAAUCAAAGCAGCCGACACAAUGUACUCAUUCAGACAGAGAGAUUCGCAAUCGAGUGCCGCGAAAUUAACUAAAAUUAAGUAUUAAUUUAUUUAUUGUAAGAAUAAAUUCCCUUUGGAGUGUGUGCGGGCGGGCGGGCGGUCCGGCGGCGUGCUGGCGCUCGCGGCAGUGACAGAGGACGGACGGGCGGCGCCCGUCGCGGCGGCGGCGGCGCGCGCUGUGGUGCCGGCUGGAGCGGCCACGGCCGUACAGAGCUGGCCACUCCUCAGGACAGCGCGCGCGCGCCGCCGCCGCUUUACUGCUCAAGCUUAUUUUUUAUACCGUGACAUUUUCGAUUCGU